AUGACUCUCUCAAGUCCAACCCUUCCCCCUCUCUUACCUUCCGGAACCGCCGAUCUCACUAGCACCACGACCCCAUCUCCAAACAGCACACCGACCCUCCUCACCCUCCCGCUCGAGCUCCACCUCCUUAUCGGCGCCCAGCUUCCUUUCCCGGCUUACCUGUCUCUCCGGCUCACGCAUCCCUACCUUCAUCACGCCCUAGCCGCAUCCGCCCAACCGCCGCCACUGCGGGAGCUCGACCCGUGCGCCCGCGUCGCCGUUCAGACAUACCUGGCGCCGUACCUCUCCCCAUCCACUUCGACCACCGGAGGAGGCAUCGUCAACCGCGUUCCAUCAAAGCACCAAACACUACAGCAGCGUCACGAACAGCAACAGCAACAACAACAACAACAACAACAACAACGCUGUGCUCUCUGCGGCAACGUCUACCCCAUCCGCCUUUUCAAAAGCGCCGCCAGCCCAGCAUGUUCAGCGCAGGAUCUGGGCCCCGCCCGCACCGCCACCGGCAUCCAUCGUCGCCGUCACCAUUAUCCCUCCUCGCCAUUCAACUGGGACCGGGCUUGGGCAAGCUUUGGAAGAGCGGAGACGGCAGUGGAAGCGGCGUUGGCAUCGGAGGGAGCACGCGGAAGCAGCAGUGACGAAGCAGCGCAGGAAAACGGCAUCAGCAACAGGAAACCCGACAACGACAACGACACGCUAGCCGCGAAGCGUCGGGGAGAGCCGGGCUGGGACGUGGUCGAGCUGCCGCAACGGGUGUGCUGUUGGCACGUGGGACGGUUGACGAGGGUGGUGAGAGUCAAACAGCAACAGCAACAGCAACAAGACAUGCAGAUGCAGGAUGCAGGUGUAGACGACGACAGCAACAACAACAACAACAACAGCAGCAACAGUCGUCGGAACAAGAACAAUAGCAGGGCCGGAGCGGCAGCCAUCAAGGAAAUACUGACACCAAACCAAUCAUCGCUUGCCGUUGAUGAUGAUGACGAUGAGGAGAGAACCGGGACCAUGCUGCAGGCGGCCGCGUGGGUCAGCCGCGUGGAGCAGAUGUGCACCCACUGUGGGGCAAUCCAGGCGUGGACGCCGUGCCGGUGCCGGUGCCAAGGCUGCGGGUUGAGGGCCGCCAGGACGUAUACGCGAUACGCGAAGCCGGGUUGGCGCUGCUCGGGUUAUGUCUUCUGGCGAGACGACGGAGGCAAGCUGUGGGUGAGGGAGACAGUGGCGGUUAGGGGUUCGGAUGGUAUGAACCCUGCCCAAUGA